AUGGCUCCCCACCGUCGAAGCCGCAUUGCCAGCCGGAGAAGGAGGGAGGACGAUGGCGACGAAGAAGGCUCCAUCGACGGGGAUUUGGAGGAUGAUUCUCUGAGCGAGGGAACCAUUUCAGCUCACGAGGAUGACGCCGACGAGGAAGGGAGUGAUAUGAGUGAGGACGACACAACCGGGCUGGUGGAAAGGUUAUCAACGAAUGGACAGGUACUGACGACGAAUGGCGACGAUCGUGAACAGCGUGAACAGCGUGAACAGCGUGGUGAACGUGGUCAGCAUCAACGCAGGGACGAAUCGAUUUCUCCAGCCAAGCCGGUCUUUGGCGCUACAGUGUCUGAUACUGAGGCUAUGAUGGAUGGGCUGAAGUUGUCCGAAGGAGCCGAAGGCGUCCAAGAAAUCCAUUUUGAUGACAUGAAGAUCGAGUUGGUCGCCACCCCAAAAUCCGCCAACAACAGGGGAUACAGGAGAGAAACAUUUGCGGAACGGAAGCGGCGCGAGCACGAUGAAUACAUUAAGGAGCGUGAUUCGAAUCCUGCCUUUGUGCCUACUCGUGGUAGAUUCUUCCUCCACGACAAGCGGAGUACGAAUUCCCCACCAAAUGGCUAUCCGCCGCCGCCGUCCUACAACAACAACAACUACAAUAAUAAUAAUAAUAAUACCAAACCCAAGACACACUCCCACGGCCUCAUUGUCGAUAGCAAUGCUACAAGGCGCCCUGCUCCGAAACCAGAUGUGACUGCGGGACAGUGGGCGCAUGAUCUACAUGACUCUGUUGCCCAAGACACACGCCCAAUCCCCCCUCCUCCCGCUACUGUGCCUAACCAUACCGCGUUCCACACUCCGCCUAGGCCCGUCCCCACAGCUCCUCGAUCAUCGCCGCCAAACCGCUCCUUUUCCAGCAGCGUACUCGUGGGAAAUGUUCCCGUCAUUGUUUUUCUUCCUGGAAUGAAAAAUCCCAUCCCCUACGCCGCUGUUCCGAAGAAACAACACACUCGACUCCCCCAGCAUCGACCUCCACUCCGUCGCGAUAAGCCUGUUAGGAUAUCCGUCCCAGGGCAACCACCCCGAUACAUUUUCCCGUCCACGGAGCGGUCAUUUAUCUUUAUUCCGAGAGCACUGAGGCCGAAUCAGCAAUUCCGUCAACGAGGGCGGGGAGGUUUCUAUGGUGGCGGUGGUAGGAGAACGAGUGUUUACGGAGGAAGCGUCUAUACGCCUAGCGUGGCAAUGAGCCGCAGAUCGUCAUUCGGGAGAGGAACUGAUGCCAUCACUUCCCCUGUCGGUUCGGCGAUCUCUCGUGUUGGCGGAAUGCCUGGUGAAGGCAGGAAGCCGGUAGUGCGACUACCCCCUUCAAUCAGACCUCCACUUGGAUCAGGAUUUGCUCCGCAACCCCCCGCAAUGGUCCCACAGAUGACAGCACCUCCCCUCCCUUCACAAUACCCAAUGCCUCCACCUCCGGAGUUCCGUGAAAACCGUCUACCACAGAACAUCCCCAUGCAUCAGCCUCGACCACAGAAAACAGUCUCAGUAGCCGACAUUGAAUCCCCCGUCAGUUUCCAAUAUAACCCGCCCCAGCAACAGCAGGAACAGCCUUUCCGUCAACAAGUUCCCCACCCCGUCAAUGGUGGGUUCAUACCUGAUAACAACGCGUAUGCCCCCCACGGGCGCCGUGCCUCCCACGCCUCCCAGCCCUCCGCAACGCCCCUAUCUCAAAUCCCCGAGCGCGCCAUCCACGCCCACCCAUUCCAACCAUAUCCCUACCAACCGCAAACAUACUACACGGAAGCGGGCUAUCAACCCGCGCCUAUGUUCUACCCCACCUCAAACCCGGAAUAUCCAACAUAUGCCACAACCGUGCGGCCAGGACCCCCACCAGCAACCUAUGCCGCCCAGCCACAGCAGAUGCCCUUUUCCGUGGGCCCUCCCCUCCCUCAUCAUCCGUCGCCGACCCACCAACACCCCGCCCCAGAUCAAGAACAAGCAUCAUCUGCUACUUUUGCACAUGAGCAAAACGGCACGGUGUAUUACUACGACACAUCGCAGUUUGCAAACUCCGCAUACCCGCCACAGCAGAAUCAGGCAUACUCUGCACCGCCGCCCCAACAGGGGGUCCCGCCCGGGGGUGUAGUGGGCAUGGGAGGGAUGAUGACGCCGCCUGGGACGACGUAUUAUUAUCCUCAGCCGCAGAAUGGGACGGUUUAUUAUACGUAA